AUGGCUCGGGUUGUUGAAGUCGAUGAAUUGGCAAAAAUGUUCCGCGAACACGAUCAUAUGGUAAUUUCGGGAAUUGUUAAUGGAAGUCACAGCGCAAUGGGAACUAUUGAAUUGGACGGAAAGAAGAUUGAGAUCAAGAAAGCCGAAAGAGGCCUUCCAACAUCGUUCACACCGGUGCCGUCAGAAGACCGUCCAUUAUUGGAAAAAAUGCAAAAAUCGCGAAAUUUCAAAAAAAAAUCAUAUCGAUUAAGUCCGAAGGCUUCAUUGAAGGACAUCGAGGCGCCGAUAACACCACACGCGACGUCGCCGGACACUUCGACAUGCGUUGAAACUUCUCUACUGCGCACCGCGGUGCCGGUUCACAUCUAUUUUCAGCAACGCCGAGUUGGAAGCACCGAAGUGCCUUGCGAUGGUCCGCUUCGACAGGCGAUACAAUUCGGGCUUGACAGAAUAUCAAAGAAAAUAAAGAACAGAUUCUCAUUCUACGUGUACUGCUCAAUAUAUGAUGUCAAAUGGGAUCGGCCCAAAAUCGAAUUUAUGCAAACGCCGGACCCGGAAAACAUUUUCCGCCUUCUAUUGAGUCCAUCAAUGGCUGACUAUCGAAUCCAGGAUAUUGCGAUGCGGAUGAGCACGUCGAUUCCAAAAUUCAAUAUCUACAUUUUUGUCAAGUCACUGGACGAUAAUGGUACUUCCACUGAAGAUCUCGUUUGCCACGAUUUAUGGAAAUUUCAUCACGUUUAUUAG